AUGAAAAGUCUCUUGUUAUGUCUCUUCCAGGGUAGAUUCCGGCCGAAAUCCUGCGUCAAAUAUGGGCAAGGUGUCUACAAAGAUGGAGUUUAUAAGAUUUAUGACAACGGCGGAAACAGUUUUCCAGCCUACUGUGAUCUGAGAUCUGAGCCCGGUAUUGCAUGGACACUAAUCAUGUCGUGGAGUAGAGAGAAUCGUUUUAUUUCUGCUUUUCACAACACUCCACUUCAGUUCAAUGCGGCAGAAAACGAGAACUCCCCGAACUGGGAUCGUUAUCGCCUAAGUCUGGAGCGAAUGAGAUCACUGCAGGUCCACUCCACCCACUGGCGAGCAACAUGCAGCUAUCCGACUUACGGUAUCGAUUUUACAGACUACCUCCGUGGUAACUUCAAAGACUUCAACAUCGUCGAUUUCCUUGGUCAUGGCAAGUGUAAGAGGGUAGAAUAUGUGGAUAUCCGAGGGCACAAUGGCACGAACCUUACAGUGCCGUUUUGGCAGGCAAAGAAUGUUUUCAUGUUGGGUACUGACAGCUCUUCCGGUUUGUGCGAGUUCAACCCAACUGUUGGAGCGGUAUCAAGUGAAGACAACUUUGGCUUUUAUGGUGCAUUUAAUCCCAAGUUCCGCUGCACCCAGGCAGACAACUCUACUACUCAGUGGUGGUUUGGAGCUCAGCUUUUGAAAUAGUCACAAAAAGAGGAAUUAAUAAUAAUAAUCAUGAUGAUAAUGACAGUGAUGAUGAUGAUGAUGAUGAUGAUGAUGAUAAUAAUAAUAAUAAUAAUAACAUAUUUAACCAGGGUAAACCCGUCAGCCGAAGCUGUUAUAAAUACCGUAAAAUUCCAGAAAAUAAUCCCCUCCAUGUAUAAGCCCCUCCAAAUAUAAGCCCCCCAAACGGGUAACACAAAAAACCCUCCGUUAAGGUGACUCGACCCAGUUUUUUUGGGGGGGUACCAUCCUACUUUAAAGCUGUCUGGUAUCCCCACCUUUACUUUUAUCGUAAGUCUAACACAUAGAAUGGAUAACAUAUAGAUCAAUCUACAAUACAACAUAAAAUUUUUGGCGAUCGGAGUAAAUGUCACGUGGUUAUAAUGCCACGCCCCUUUCAGGUCUGAGUCGAAAAUUAGCUGUUGCCGGCAUUUUUUUGUGAAAAUCUCUCGGCUACACAUAGUGCGCAUUAGUGCCUUGCGCUGAACAGAGUUUCACCAAAAUUGCAAAGACUCAAUUCGAGAAAUUCAGCGGUUUCCAAAUUUAGGUCAUAAUUUAUGCGAAAAUGAUAAGCAAACUUUACACGGAUUAUAUCUAAUAAACCAAGAGAUUCAUCUCUUUAUUUUGGGCAUCGUUAUAACAGAUGGGUCCUUGCAAGUCAGCAAAACGUUUUCGCUAUUUAUUGACGUUUGUCAGCGUUUAAGAGUUCUUCUCACCAAAAAAGCAUUUUCUUAAAAAUGCGUAGUUUUUUUUCCUUCAAAAUUUUUCAGGGCCACAAUUGAUUAACUAACUACCCGGACUCUGAAUUUCAUGGUCAUUGAAAAACUGUGACAUUAUCUUCUAUAAGCUCAAACUUGAGUAAACAUUGAAGAUUUUUAGCGUUUUGGCUGAGUUUGUGCUUUGGGAGUUGUCUAUUGUUUCUAGUCUGUCAUUAUACACCAUUCUUGUUCAGCACGCGUGCAAUGACCACGCUUGGCUGACUUCCGAAUGCUCACCGAGAUAUUCCCGUCACGAGUUGAUUUAAUUAUUGGCUUGCAUUAAACCUAUUAAGCCUAUGAAAAAAUGAUAUUUUUGUAAUAGUAAGUAGACUUAGUGUGUAGCACUUCUUGUUUUUUUUGCAAAGACACAAGAAGCACGAGAAUUGAUUAAAAAUUGUUAGUUAAACCUCUAUGUAUCACGCGAUGGCCUGUCUCACUGUACCAAAAUUAUAAUAUCUCGGGUCGAGUCACCUUAAAUCGCCCCUCCAAUUAUAACCCCUCACCCAAGUCAUUCUAGUCACCUAAGUCACCUUAGUCACCCUAGUCACCCUUGUCAUCCUGGUCAUCCUAGUCACCCUUGUCAUCCUAGUCACCCAAGUCACCCUAGUCAUCCUAGUCAUCCUAGUCACCCAAGUCAUCCUAGUCACCCUAAUCACCCAAGUCAACCUAGUCAUCCUUGUCAGCCUGUCACUCUGUCAACCUGGUCACCCAAGUCACCCUAGUCAUCCUCGUCAUCCUAGUCACCCACCCUAGUCACCCUAGUCACCCUUGUCACCCUUGUGACCCUAGUCGUCCAAGUCACCCUAGUCACUCUAAUCACCCUAGUCACGCUAAUCACCCUAGUCACCCUUGUCACCUUAGUCGUCCAAGUCACCCUAAUCACCCUAGUCGCCCUGGGUAUACAGUCAAACCCCGCCCACAACGGUCAAGGAAAUUUAUGUGACAGUUGCAAUUGUGAUUAACCGGCGAAGUUUCGGGUAGUAUGAUUCUGGGCAGUUACUAUAUUUAUGAUAAGAGGAUUGUGUUGUGAAAAAGAUGGUUUGAUAGAACUUUUGUACCCAGUUAACCCGCGACUAAGAACCUGGCCCCGGUUGUUCAAACGUUGGAUAGCGCUGUCCACCUGAUUAAUCACUUUCCAGCGGAUAAGUAUUCGGGAAAUUAACCGCACUAUCCACUGGAUAGAGGUUUAUCUGGUGGAUAGCGCUAUCCAGCCUUUGAACAACCGAGGCCUGGUUUUUAAGAACCUGUCAGGCUAAAAUGUGCCAGUAGGCUCCCUCUAUAAAAAAAACCUGUUUAGUCUAAAAUUUGAAGCAGAUUCUUAUUUGCAAAAGUUUAUAUAUAUAUGUAUAUAUAAAAAAUUAUGUACACUAGGGUAAAUGAGAUAAGUCAACAUUCAGGAUCCUCUUUGGAGACGUAGGUGCCUAAUUAUAACUCCAUUUGCAAGUAUUGUGAUGGUAUACAGGUUUUACCUAAGGAAUGAGCUGAAUGCCACUAAAUACUCUUAGCUACAAUGUAUUUUUUCUUCAGAAAAUAAGAACCUAUUUAAGAACCGAAGUAGUCUAAAUUGCCCUAAUUACCAUAUGCAUACCAAAAUGCAUAUAAUUUGUGUCUUCCUCUCCGAUAUUGCUUAGCUGGCGGAUGCGAAUAUGAAAAUAACAAAUAUCUUAACCGAAAACGUACGUUUUAAAAGAAUGUAGACGUAUCCAUGACCUUUCUUAAUAAUCUUCGAUCUACGGGAUUGAAAAGAUUCCUCUACAUAUAGUGAGGGUAAGUCGAGGGAUAGCUUCUGUCUGGAAGCUGACUUAUCAAGCGCAGGUAAAGAUAGGAAACAUAUCCGUUAUAAACAGUCAGUUAUUCGAAUGCAAGAGAACAUAACGCUGUCUUUCACGCUGUGUGAUCGAAUAUAUUCCCAAGCAGGUGGACCGUAAUAGGUUUAUAUUUGCUCUUUAAACAAAUACCUAAGCCGUUAAUUAAUUAUUCCGUGCAUGCAAAUAUAUACGGUUAAGUUAUGAGUGCUAAUCUCACCUCUCGGCUGAGAAAUGCUGGAAAACACCCGCCCGGCCCGGAUUUCUUGUAUAAAUAGCUCAAAAAAAAAUGUAUUCGCUUCUUAAUAAGACACGACUUAGCUAAAUAAAAAGAUGAAGCUUAAUUCGUAUAAGUGGUACAGACAAGCCUUGUAUAAGACAGGUGUUAUUUUUGUUCGAAAAAACGGCCCUAUUGUCUCAUAAACUCAUUUGUUCUUUACUCUCUGCGUUAUCGAUUUUCCCCCUAAAAGGGCGUUUAAUAGUUUUCAGUUCUGGGCCUUGGAAAGGGCGUCAAUUUUCACUUUUAAUUUAAGUUUAGGUCGAAGAUAAAGACGCUUACCGUAAAUCCUCUAUUAAGCCCCGGAGGGCUUAUUUAAUUUAGAAAAGGCGAUAGUAUCAGUUCUCCAUAAAGAGCUAGAAUACACAGCGGAAACUCUCAAGUACAAGAAGGUAGGAGGUCAUGUAGCCGAGGAUCAGAAUCAAAUCGGAAUUUCCAGUUGGUAAAUAAACCAUCCCGGAUCAGUCCACUCGACGUCUUACAGUCAUGAUUGAUUAAUACAGUCUAUCAAUUAUUAGUGAAGAAUAAUAAGGGGGAGGAGAGGGGGGCUUACUAACUUUCUUCUCCUGAAAAGAAGUGGGGGCUAUUUGAGAGGGGGGACUUAAUAGAGGAUUUAAGUUAUCUUAAAUUGGCUCGAGUACCGUCUUCUCCUGGCAGGUAUCGGCCUUAAAAAGUAUGUCUGAAGAUAUUUCAGUUAGAAAAAUAUAGCUGGUCCAGCAUUGCUUCCAGCUUUUCGAGACCGCGCUGACGUUAACGUGUCUUGGAUACGCACAAAUGGUUUAUUAGUUCAGUUAACUGAACAACAACAUUAACUUUAUUAUAUUGAACAGAUGUUAUAUAAUUACAGCAAUAUAGGGACUAGGAAACCCUUACGAGCUUUGAAAGGUUUCCCUAUCAUUUAGUUUUUUCUUGUCAGGUCUGGACGCCAUUUGCAUCGUAUUCUAACUAUGAAUCUAACUAUAAAUUAAUUUCAAUUUAACUUGCACGCCACUAAGCAUUCUCUAAACGCUGUUGUGACAAAUAUACAUUUCAAACACAAAAUGGCUCAUCAAUAAUUUUUUCUAGCAAAUGAUGUUUAUUGAGCUCCCAUUGGCUAGAUUUGAUGAGAAAUAUUGACCAAUCCUCCAACGGGUGGCUAUUUAAGUACAGCUGCCGCGCGCUUCAUCGGACAAAGUAUCCUGAAAUUCAUUUUUGUGGGCUUGAAAUUAGUUCCAUCAGCACUGAAAUGUUUCCGGCUCCAUCCAGUUACUGGUUCUUUUCCUUCGUGUUAUCUUCAUUGCUAGCUGUAGGGGCCUACGCCCAAGGUUAGUUUAUUCGGUUUUUAGGCGGUUAACAAGUUUGCUUGUAAAUGUUUUGACCAAGUUCUCACGCCAUGUUCCGAACAUGUCAAUUUCACUGUUUCUUUUUUUUCUUAGAACUGAGAAAAAAAAAUCAACUAAGUUGAAAGAUUUCACGAUCGCUGCCUUAAGCGGCCAUUUAUUUCAGAAACUCUGAAACCACAGGUCAGCAAUAUGGUGAGAACCGCCCAACAAAAAAGCAAAACCAGUGCAAGUUUUACAAUGCAGUCUACAAAUCGAGAACAAUGAAAUUUUAGCAAAAGUUCAAAAAGGUCUGAGUUUGCUCUCGGGGUUGUUUUGUACGUGGUCGUUUAACGAAAGAACGAAGAACUCAACUUUUUCUCGUGGGAAUCCUAGAGGAGAAGAGCCUGUGAACGGGAAACAAAUUUCUUUUCGUUAAAUUCAUACUACGAAAUCUUAAAGAUCCUUAAAGCCGAUUCACCGAGACUUAGAAGCAGCUUAUGAGGACUGAAUGUUGACAAGCAAAAUCGUUUCAGGCAAUGUGCAAUUAUCGAAAAUGUACGAGAAGAACGGGAAAACUCGUGGGUACUGGCCAAAACGGGUAAAUACUUAUGUGCCGCUGGCUAGGGUAUGAUUUUUUGAAAAGUUCUUGAGUCUUUUAAAAACGGGGUAGACAAUUUCACUAUUCAUUUAGCGGCUUGAACAGGUGUGCCUUUUUGGGUCGGAAGCCUCUAAAAAAGUGUAAACGCUGGCGAUAGGCGGUCUACCAUUGUAUUAACGCCUACAACCUUUUUCCAAAAAUUCUAAUUCCAUGACGGUUUGAAAAAUCACCAAAUCUCGUAUGCAAAACGAGAUGAAGCAGAGUCAUGAAAAAAGGUCUCUUGUGUUAAGCAAUGAAAAGUUUUUGUUUAAAACAGGGUCAGGGUUUGAAGGCCUCGGCUGCCCCCCCCCCCUCGGGGAUCAGGUCUAGAAGGGUUUUGAAAAUAUGCUGGUCCUUACAGAUCUAGAUGCUACAUAUCACCCAGGUAUUCGUGAAGAUGUUUUUGUAAAAGAAAAGUACCACUUUUUAAACGUAUCUGGAAUUGGGACGUUUACAGUCUACGACACCUUUGACUGCACCUUUGAAUGUCUCAGCAAUCCUUCAUGUUUGUCUCUGAACCUGGCCGCCUCCAAAGGAGCGGAUGGAAAAUUGUGGUGCGAAUUGUUGACUUCGAGUAAAUACAUCAACCCAGACGAGUACCAAGAAAACAAGACUUCACAUCACUUUUUCUUGAAGGUGGGUUUAACUUAAACAUGGUAAGCAUUUAGGUAGGUAGGUAGGUAGGUAGGUAGGCAGGUAGGUAGUUAGGUAAGCAGGGUGGGUGGGUGGGUAAGUGGGUAGGUAGGUGGGUGGGUGGGUGGGUGGGUAGGUAGGUGGGUGGGUGGGUGGGUGGGUGGGUAAGGUGGGUAAGGUGGGUGGGUGGGUGGGUGGGUGGGUGGGUAAGGGGUGGGUGGGUGGGUGGGUAAGUGGGUAGGUGGGUGGGUAGGUGGGUGGGUGGGUGGGUAGGUAGGUAAGGUAGGUAAGUAGCCAAGGUAAGUAGCCUUGGUAUGUAGUAGGUAGAUAAUGGACACGCUGGCCAUAACAACACGAGGUUGGUUUCCAUAAGAGCUGUUGUUGUUAAAUUAAGACUAAUUUUUCUAAGACUAAAAUUUUAGAUAGGUAGGUAAGUAGCCAAGGUAAGUAGGUAGAUAAUAAACACGCUAGCCCCAACAACACGAGGCUGGUUUCCAUAAGAGCUGUUUAAUGAAGACUAAAUAAUCCUACGACUAAUUACUAAACUAAGACAAUAAUAACUAACUAGAAUAAGACUUCGGACAUUAAUUCUUCCACUGAACAAAGGAGUUCCGAGGACCAGAGGCGUUUUGGUCAUUAAAUAUACUGAAUUGUCACGGAGCCGUCUUGCAUGAAGUGUGCAUGUAUCCAUAGUGAAAGUCAGAGAGUUCAGAUAACACAAGCGAAUAUCGUAACUGGCACCUGUAAAACCUCAAACAUCACUAGAUGGAAUUCUUUUCAGUUUAUUUUUCAACAAUUUGCCGCAGUGGUCCUACAGAGCGUAACAAAAGUUGGGCUGUACUAUACUCUUAUAGAUUGUUUUGCAGCUCUAGUUUCAUUAAUAAUCCUGAAGUUUCAACAUAAAACACUUCAACGGAUUAUGAAUCUGAAUUUUAAAAGAAAAAUGCAAGCCUCGUUUUGUUUGCGAUUUUAUGAGGGCAGGUGGGGAUGGACAUGUCUACCGGAAGAUUGUAAUCAUGCAAAUUCUGGCUAAGAGCUAUGAAAUACUAAACAGCUUGUUUUGUUUCUUUUGAACACAUUAUAGUGACAGAUGGAUAAACUCAAGUCUAGUUUUUUUCAUCUUGUGGGUAAUGGCUUAUUUUUUCCUUAGUCAGCAAACGACUGAGGAGAUUCUCAGAAAAGCCAACAUAGAUUUCAUCCCUGCCAUCUGUGAAUUUAAGAGAUAAGCAUAGUCUCGCCUUGCCCGCGAUAAUACGGAGAGCAGCUGAAUCCCAGGAAAACAUAAAUUACAGACAUUUGGCUGAAAUAAACUCCCGCUAAUACGGACUCUCGCUAAUGAGGGCACUAACACGAGGUCCCUACUGUUUCCGCUAUAACGAGAGUUGACUGUAUUAGGUAAGGAAAUGGACAGCUGAAUGGGGAACUGAUCAAGUUGCCUCUAAUAGAAUUGGUGAAAAAAGAUGCAAAGUCUCUUGUUAUGUCUCUUCCAGGGUAGAUUCCGGCCGAAAUCCUGCGUCGAAUAUGGGCAAGGUGUCUACAAAGAUGGAGUCUAUAAGAUUUAUGACAACGGCGGAAACAGUUUUCCAGCCUACUGUGAUCUGAGAUCUGAGCCCGGUAUUACAUGGACACUAAUCAUGUCGUGGAGUAGAGAGAAUCGUUUUAUUUCUGCUUUUCACAACACUCCACUUCAGUUCAAUGCGGCAGAAAACGACAACUCCCCGAACUGGGAUCGUUAUCGUCUGGAGCGAAUGAGAUCACUGCAGGUCCACUCCACCCACUGGCGAGCAACAUGCAGCUAUCCGACUUACGGUAUCGAUUUUACAGACUACCUCCGUGGAAACUUCAAAGACUUCAACAUCGUCGAUUUCCUUGGUGGUGGCGAGUGUAAGAGGGUAGAAUAUGUGGAUAUCCGAGGGCACAAUGGCACGAACCUUACAGUGCCGUUUUGGCAGGCAAAGAAUGUUUUCAUGUUGCAUACUGACAGCUACUCCGGUUUGUGCGAGUUAAAUGCAACUGUUGGAGCAGUAUUCAGUGAGGACAACUUUGGCGUACAUGGUAACAUUAAUCCCAAGUUCCGUUGCACACAGGCAGACAACUCUACUACUCAGUGGUGGUUUGGAGCUCAUCUUAAAAAGUAG